GUUCAUUUUGUAAACCCCUCAAUCCUCAUCCCCGAUUCAUCAAAUCAAAGAGGGACAAAACCUAAGUCCCCAAUACCCCUGCGUCGCGUCGCGCUCUCUGUCAAACCACUCAUCGUCGUUCGCCGUCACCGCCUUUCGUUGGAGGCUCGUCACUGCACUUCAUUCACACCGACUAGGAUAAAAAAGCUGUUAUUAUGAGCUCGGAGGUAGCAAAAAUGGAAGAAGAAGAAGAUGAUUAUGAGGAAUAUAUUCCUGUGGCCAAGCGUCGGCUCAUGGAAGCUCAGAAGAUUCUCCAACGCAAAGGGAAGGCCUCUGCUGUCAUUGACGAGGAGUUGGAGAAAUUAAGAGUAGCAGCUGAAGCUAAGCCGAGUCUUCUGGUUAAGGCAUCACAGUUGAAAAAAGAUCAACCCGAGAUCAGUGCGACAGAGCAGAUUGUUCAACAGGAGAAGGAGAUGAUUGAAAACUUGUCGGACAGAAAAACCCUUAUGUCUGUUCGUGAAUUAGCUAAGGGGAUCACUUAUACAGAACCUUUGCUCACAGGGUGGAAGCCGCCUUUGCAUAUAAGAAGGAUGUCAAAGAAGGAAUGUGAUUUGAUUCGAAAACAGUGGCAUAUAAUAGUUGAUGGUGGAGAUAUCCCGCCUCCAAUUAAGAAUUUUAAGGAUAUGAGAUUUCCAGAGCCAAUUUUGAAGAUGUUGAAAACUAAGGGGAUUGUGCAACCAACACCUAUUCAGGUGCAAGGUCUUCCUGUUAUCUUAUCAGGGCGGGAUAUGAUUGGGAUUGCUUUCACGGGUUCUGGAAAAACUCUGGUCUUUGUGCUGCCAAUGAUCAUGGUGGCAAUGCAGGAGGAAAUUAUGAUGCCUAUUGUUCCCGGAGAAGGUCCAUUUGGUUUAAUUAUUUGCCCAUCAAGAGAACUGGCUAGGCAAACUUUUGAUGUGGUUGAAGAGUUCUUGAUACCUAUGAAGGAAGCUGGAUAUCCAGAGAUCAGACCCUUGCUUUGUAUUGGUGGAGUGGAUAUGAGAUCACAGCUUGAGAUCGUGAAGAAAGGUGUUCACAUUGUUGUUGCCACUCCUGGGAGGUUGAAGGAUAUGUUGGCCAAGAAGAAAAUGAAUCUUGAUAACUGCAGGUAUUUAACAUUAGAUGAGGCUGAUCGAUUGGUGGAUUUGGGAUUUGAAGAUGAUAUAAGAGAAGUUUUUGACCAUUUUAAAGCUCAAAGGCAGACUCUUCUAUUUUCUGCCACUAUGCCAACCAAAAUCCAGAACUUUGCUAGAAGCGCUUUGGUAAAACCUAUCAUGGUCAAUGUGGGACGUGCAGGGGCAGCCAAUCUGGAUGUAAUUCAGGAGGUAGAGUAUGUUAAACAAGAGGCAAAGAUAGUUUACCUACUUGAGUGCCUACAAAAAACCCCACCUCCUGUUCUAAUAUUCUGUGAGAACAAGGCUGAUGUCGAUGACAUUCAUGAAUAUCUUCUGUUGAAAGGAGUGGAAGCAGUGGCUAUUCAUGGAGGCAAGGAUCAGGAAGAGAGAGAGUAUGCCAUUUCAUCUUUUAAGGCUGGAAAGAAAGAUGUGUUGGUUGCAACCGAUGUUGCAUCCAAAGGUUUGGAUUUUCCUGAUAUUCAGCAUGUCAUCAACUAUGACAUGCCUGCUGAAAUUGAAAAUUAUGUCCAUAGGAUUGGAAGGACUGGAAGAUGUGGCAAAACUGGGAUAGCAACAACAUUCAUCAACAAGAAUCAAUCUCCCACAACAUUACUUGAUUUAAAGCACCUCUUGCAAGAAGCAAAGCAAAGGAUUCCCCCAGUUUUGGCCGAGCUGAGUGAUCCAAUGGAAGACAAUGAAGCAAUCACAGACAUAAGUGGGGUCAAGGGAUGUGCAUAUUGUGGUGGGCUUGGUCAUCGCAUCCGUGAUUGUCCCAAAUUAGAACAUCAGAAGAGCAUGGCAAUUGCAAACAAUAGACAUGAUUAUUUUGGAUCUGGAGGUUACAGAGGGGAAAUUUGAAAAGUAUGGCUCUUUUGUUUAACCAAGUUUUCUUUUAUGGGUUAUGCAUUGUAUCUGCAGUUUUAAAAUCUUAUCCCAUGAAACCUAGUUAAUCACUUUAAUUAGAUUUGUACUGUUGGGUUGGAUAUGUACCGAAUUUUCUUCUAACACUAAUGGGCAAUGUAUUAUAUAUCCUGCUGCCUUUAAAUUUUAUAUCAAGAAAUCUAAUGAAUUUCAUGACAUUUGUAGAA